AUGGCACUCCCAACCAGCAGCCCAUCACCACGUCUGGAUCGUUUCGAGCAAGCCAUGAAUUCACUUUAUGGCAGCUUGGUCAGCAUAGAGAACCCAGCAGAGUGGACACCACCCCCGAAAUCAGGCGGGCACCGCGGAAGAUACCUAUGGACGGAUGCAUUUGGGGUCGUCAACUUCCUGACUAUGCACCAUGAGUAUAAUAUAUGUGGAAUCGAUAAAAACAUCGACAACCGCUACCUCGUACUGGCAGACCGUUUGGUUCAAACUGUCCAUGACGUAUUGGGGAGGACCCGAGACGGCCGCUCGCGACUGCCAGGAGCAACGGACGCGAACCCACUCGGUGGCGGGUUGAGAAUUGGCAAAUUAGAGGAUCGGGGAUCAGAUGGCGAUGGGCAGUAUCACCAUUACCUGACAGUGUGGAUGUUUGCAUUGAAUCGGAUGACAAGGGCAUCUGGUGAAAUGAAGUACAACCGGCAGGCGAUACAGCUGGCGAAAGCGGUUCACCCAAAGUUCUUCAUCGAUCGGGCCGCAGCCGAGCCAAGAAUGAUCUGGAAGAUGAAUAUGGAUCUUACAGCCCCAAUGGUGAGAUCCGAGGGCAAUCUCGACCCAAUUGAUGGGUACGUCGUUUUUAGACUCCUGCAAGCUUCGUCCAUGGAGGCAGGAGAUGGCGAAGUCCUGGCGCAGGAAAUCGGUGACUACAGGCGCGCCAUGAAUCGGAAGGGGGAGCACUUUGUCUCAAGCGAUCCGUUGGAUUUGGGUAUGACAUUGUGGACGGCACAUUGGUUUUCAGAACAGGAGUACUGGGCCACCAAUCUGGCCGAAAAAUGCUUCGAACAAAUAUACAACCUUUUCGAGAUAAACCGGUAUUUGGAGCGCAAUAUUAAAUUCCGAUUGGCCUUUCGCGAAUUCGGUACGAGCAUGGGCAUACAAUGCCAGUCUGAGGCAAACACAGAAAAAGACCGUUCCGUCAAUCUCAAAUGUUACUCUGAUGCCAUCGUCGCUGCUUGGGAUCCAUACAUGGAGCUGUCGAUAUCCGACGGUCUAACGCCGGAAGACCUGAGGCCUAUUACACGAGUGAUGUAUGCUUCGGCGUUGAUACCAGGGGCAUUUCGAGCUGGGUAUCUAGCGAAGGAGCCCGCAACAGCACCGGAAAAACAUAAGUAG